AAGUGAAGUCAAGCCGCUCUCACUAAACCAGUGACGGAACCCGCAUUGCAUCACAGAAUCAAUUCCUGGCCAGUGCACGCGCCCCAGGCUCUGCCGGCUUAAUUACUCCUUUACCUAUCAGCGCGUGCAGUGCACACUAAUCCGGACAGUUUAGGUGAUGCAUUAACACCUUCAAGUGUGUGUUAAGGAAGGCGCUCGGCUUUUUUCCCUCUUCUUUUUUUGACUUUAGUUUCCAGGCUGAGGCGAAUUUAAAGACGAGCGAGAGGCACCAGCAACAGGGCACUGGCAUUUUACCGGCGAGGACAAUUACACAGAAAGUAUCUCGAUCGUCUAGACGAACAAUUGGGAAACCAAACACCACUGACGUCAUUACUCGAUUGUGAUUGCGUUACUCUAAUUGUGUGGGGAUUUCUGACAUUUUUUGCGUCAUUAAAUGGAGCGGCGUAGGUGACGUUUGGACUGUUGCGUUCAAGAGGAGCUCUUAUCAAGACUAAAAGCCGGCGCGGAAAAAUAUGUAUGGACGCUAUACACAGGAGCUGGGGGCCUAUGCCAAAGAAGAGGCAGCUCGUCUGCGUGAGGAUGGAGGGCUGCGGAGGACCACCAGCGUUCGCGGCCAGGCUCCAGAACUGCUGGAGUAUGAGAAAGACCCAUGUGCCAAGUGUCAAGUCUGUACAUCACGCUGUAAGAAGUUCCUGAUCUCCCGUGUGGGUGAAGACUGGAUCUUCCUUAUCCUCCUGGGGCUUCUCAUGGCACUGGUCAGCUGGGCUAUGGACUACACUAUUGCCUUCUGCCAGCAAGCACAGAAGUGGAUGUACCGCGGUCUGCACAGUAACAUGUUGCUGCAGUAUCUGGCCUGGGUCACGUACCCAGUGGUCCUCAUCACCUUCUCCGCCGGCUUCACACAGAUCUUGGCGCCACAGGCAGUGGGCUCUGGGAUCCCAGAGAUGAAGACCAUCCUCCGAGGUGUGGUGCUGAAAGAGUACCUCACUUUCAAAACCUUCGUCGCCAAAGUGAUUGGCUUAACUUGUGCCCUUGGAAGUGGCAUGCCUCUGGGCAAAGAGGGACCGUUUGUUCACGUUGCCAGUCUGUGUGCUGCUCUGUUGAGCAAAUUCAUGGCCUUGUUUGGAGGAAUCUACAUGGAAGAGCCCUUUGAGGGAAACAAGAACGAGCUGAGAAACACAGAGAUGCUGUCAGCUGCCUGUGCAGUGGGGGUGGGCUGUUGCUUUGCGGCCCCCAUUGGAGGAGUGCUGUUUAGUAUUGAGGUCACAUCAACGUUCUUCGCCGUGAGGAACUACUGGAGAGGAUUCUUCGCUGCAACCUUCAGUGCCUUUAUCUUCAGGGUGCUGGCGGUGUGGAAUAAGGAUGAGGAGACCAUCACGGCCCUCUUUAAAACACGCUUUCGACUGGAUUUUCCUUUUGACCUACAAGAGCUUCCUGCUUUCGCUGUGCUCGGGAUUGCCAGUGGUUUUGGAGGAGCAUUGUAUGUCUAUCUGAACAGGAUUAUAGUGGAGUCUAUGAGAAAGCAGAAAACUAUCAACAAAUUUUUGCUAAAAAAAAGACUAGUGUAUCCAGCAGUGGUGACUCUUCUUAUAUCAACACUUACCUUUCCUCCAGGGUUUGGACAGUUCAUGGCAGGCCAGCUGACUCAACAUGAGUCACUGGUGGCACUGUUUGACAACCUGACCUGGUACAAGCAAGGUGUUGCUGAGGAGUUUGAGUACUCAAGUCACGUACCUCAGGCCUGGAAGCACCCACAAGUCAGUGUGUUUAUCACACUCCUCCUCUUCAUUGUCAUGAAGUUCUGGAUGUCAGCCGUGGCUACAACAAUGCCUGUGCCUUGCGGGGCCUUCAUGCCGGUGUUCCUCAUUGGGGCCGCAUUCGGUCGACUGGUGGGCGAAAGUAUGGCAGCCUUCUUCCCCGACGGGAUACACGCCGACAGCACUGUGUAUCCUAUAGUUCCCGGCGGUUACGCAGUUGUAGGGGCGGCGGCUCUUUCUGGCGCAGUCACUCACACCGUGUCCACCGCCGUCAUCGUGUUCGAGCUGACCGGUCAAAUCUCGCACAUCCUGCCCGUGAUGAUCGCUGUGAUCCUGGCCAAUGCCGUGGCUCAGAGUCUACAGCCGUCCCUCUACGACUCCAUCAUCCGGAUCCAGAAACUUCCCUAUCUGCCAGAGCUGGGCUGGGGACAGGAGAAAUAUAAUAUCCGCGUGGAGGAUAUAAUGGUGAGAGAUGUGCGCUAUAUCACUCUCUCCUCCUCUUACCGGGACCUCCAGGAGGCACUUGUGACGGGCCAGCUUAAAACCCUGGCCCUCGUCGAGUCCAAAGAGUCCAUGAUCCUGCUGGGUUCGAUCGAGCGCUCUCAGCUUCAGUCGCUGCUCUCUCAGCAGCUCGGCCGGCCCCGCAGGCUGGAGUAUCUGAGAGAGCGAGCACAGGACAACGGCACCCAUGUGCCCACCUUCACACCGGAUUCACCUCCCAAGGCUGGCCGCGGCGUACGUUUCCUGAUCUCCACUGAAGAGUCCUCCUACAGCCCCACGUUGACUAACUCCCAGAUCCCCCUCAAGUCUGCUCUGAAGACGGUGUCUGCAAUCAGCAACACAGACUCACUCAACAGCUCUCCAAACCUCUCCUGCGGGGAACCUGUGAAGGAGCUAGUGGAGGAUACAGCUGAUGUUGAAGAUGACAUGUCAACAGCAGAGAUUGCCGAGUGGGAGGAACAACAGUUGGAUGAAGCUGUCAAUUUUAACAACUGUAAAAUAGACCCCGCUCCCUUUCAGCUAGUGGAACGGACAUCAUUACAUAAGACACACACCAUUUUUUCACUUCUUGGCCUGGAUCAUGCCUAUGUCACCAGCACCGGACGUCUAGUAGGAGUCGUCUCUUUGAAAGAGCUACGUAAGGCCAUUGAGGGCUCAGUAACCGUAACUGGUGUAAAGGUGCGUCCUCCGCUGGCUAGUUUCCGGGACAGUGGCAACAGCAGCAGCGUCUCGGAGGUCACUGAGCUCCACAAGCUCUGGAGUCGCCACAAGAGCCUAUCUUUGCCACGGGAGAUAAACCUCCCCGACCUUGAUGACCAAACGGAGCAGCCAUCCGAGGGCAGCCUGGUGAACGAAACUGAGUGCACAGAGCUUUCCAGUCAGAACAGCCCAUUACACACAGAUGACCAAUCAGAGCUGCCCUACGCUGACACCUCACCCCAAGAUGAGCCUCUGUCGCAGCUCCCAUGUGACUGUCCAGAGGUGGAAGAGUCAGAAUCUGUUGGUGAACACUGCCCAGAAUCUACUGUGGUGGUGGGUGAUGGAAACCCCUCGCCGUCAGAUGGUCAGCCCGAAUGACAGCUGCUGAACGAUGGUAACACUCACUCCAUUCACACCAUAAGCUGGAUUGUAGAGUCCGGUUGAGGAGAACCUGGAGGAAGUCUUUUAGCAGUGAAGCACACUUUCUGCUCCGUACUAAUCAAAGCAACCCCAAUCGCUGGUCCUGCCUUCACACAAGACACGCCGUGUGUGUUUGUAUGCGUGGGAUUUCAUAGAUACACACUGCUAUUUGAGCUUCGGAUACGAUUUCAGAAUGAUCGUACAAUUGUAUGCGUGCUUUCAUCAUUUAUUUGAGAGGUUUCAUUGAGCGUUGAUGGCUCAAGAGCGAUCAUUAUUCAGCAUUUCAGUUUUCAUCAUACACAACUCUGUUGUUUUUUUGUUUACUUGUGGCUUCAGGAUGCGUAAAUCUUUGUUGACAUUCAUUGAAAUUAAUUACUUUAAUAACGUCAUGGCGUGGAUUUUUUUUUUUUUGAGUGCAGGUUUUGAUCAGUGGCUUUAUUUCUGUGUGAUUGUUGAUUUAUGUUUGUGAACGUUCAUGUCACCAAAGGCAAUGAGCAAUCAUUUUCAUCCUUCAGGUUUUCAUCAUAAACACAGUUUGUUUGUCGACUUGUGGCUUCGUGGUUCACUGAUAAUAGUCGAUGGCAUUGAAAGGUUAGUUUCUCGUCAUGGCCUGCUCAUUUUUGAGUGUAAAAUUUUAUCAUAAACCGAGUUGGUUAGCUGAUUUAUGGUUUUAUUUCACAUUUGUUUGUGUUUGUUGUAAAGAUCCAUCUUCAUGUUUGUUUGUCAGUUCGUAGCUUCAUUGUUAAUUUCCGUUGAUUUUUUUUGGUGAGAUUCAUUUAAAAAAGUUUAUAUUCAAUGAUGUCACAGCGGGCUCAUAAGGGUUUUCAUCAUAAACACACAGUGUUUGUCCGUUGAUUUGUGGCUUUACAGCCUGUUUGUGUACUUCAUCUUUGCGCAAGCGACAGAGUGUGUAAGAGAAGAAGUGUGUGUGUGUGAGUGACUCAGCUGCACCUAGCCAACGCACCCAUCUGGUGCCGACACUUUAAAUCCAAAUAAAAUUGUCUCUGAGAGCCAAAC